AUGCCAGAGAUGUAUCAGAUGUAUAGAGAUAUUUUCUUUGAUGGUGGUGACGAUGUUUCGGAUCCAAACUAUGAAAUAAGAGAGGUUGAGUUUAAAAAGAAGUUAGAAUAUGCUGAGACCCCUUUAUUUCCAGAAUGCACAAACUAUACGGUUAUGUCUGCAAUUGUUGCCUUAUACAAGCACAAAGCAACAACUAAUUUAUCCGACACUGGUUUUGAUGGACUUCUUCAAAUGAUUGGGGAUAUGCUUCCAGAAAAUAACAAACUUCCUAAGAGCUAUUAUGAAACGAAAUUUUUUUUGAAGACAUUUGAUUUAGGAUAUGAGAAAAUAGAUGCUUGUAAGAAUGACUGUUGUUUGUUUAGAAAAGAAAAUAAGCACAUGACUAAAUGCCCAAAAUGUGGUGCUUCGCGGUGGAAAGAGAAUGAGCGUACUAAGAAGGUUAAAAAUGGUGUCCCAGCUAAGGUGUUGCGAAGUGGGGAUAGAAAGAUGCGACAUCCAGUUGACACGCCUGCAUGGCAUACGAUAGAUAAAAAAUGGCCUUCUUUUGCAUCAGAUUCACGAAAUUUAAGACUUGGCCUUUCAACUGAUGGGUUUAAUCCAUUUGGUGACCUUAGUUCGGCAUAUAGUUGUUGGCCAGUAACAUUGGUGGUAUAUAAUCUUUCGCCACUUGAACUCAUGUCUAAAGAGAAUAUGAUGUUGACAUUACUAAUCCCAGGGCCGAGGCAACCGGGAAAUGAUAUAGAUGUGUAUUUGGAGCCACUUAUAGAUGAUUUGAAAGAGCUAUGGGAGAAAGGCGUGGAAAUUUAUGAUGCAUUUGCAAAGUCCACAUUUAAUUUGAAGGUAAUCUUGAUGUGGACAAUUAGUGACUUUCCAGCUUUUAGUAACCUCUCUGGUCAUGUUACAAAGGGUAAAAAAGCUUGUCCAACAUGUAGUGACGACACAUGUUCAAGGCGGUUGAAUUGUAGCACCAAGACCGUUUACUUAGGUCACCGUCGAUGGCUAUCUCUAACUCACCCAUUUCGAAAAAAGAAGAGUUGGUUUGAUGGGAGUGAAGAACAUAGGUGGAAGCCUAAAAUAUUGUCUGGGACUGAAACUCUUCAUGCUGUGAAAAAAAUUAAAAAUGAUUGGGGUAAAAAAGUGAAGGGAAAAUUACAUAUCAAACCAAAAAUUGGAAAGAGGAAACAAAAGACAAAAAAGGACGAAAAUGUGGCGUGGAAGAAAAAAUCCAUAUUUUUUGAAUUACCAUACUGGGAGGUAUUACUCGUUCACCAUAACUUAGAUGUCAUGCAUAUUGAGAAGAAUGUUUGUGAGAGUAUUAUUGGCACCCUAUUGAACAUAUAA